AUGGGAUUUCAAGUCGGAGGGAAUUUAGGGUCGGAUGCCUUGAAGAAGAAGUUACCUAUCAGGGUUAUAGAUAGCAAUCUGAAUGGUUUAAGGGAAAUGAUGCAACAAAUGAAGACUAUACAGAAGAAUGCUUUCAAGAAGCGGUGUGGGAACUUAUUGAGGUUGUUGAAUGUGGAAGUCCAAGCGUCGACAGUCAUCGCUUUGGUCCAAUAUUAUGAUCCGUCGCUCAGAUGUUUCACCUUCCAGGAUUUUCAGUUGGCACCAAUAGUAGAAGAGUUCGAGCAGAUUUUGGGUUUGUCGGUGGAAGAUAAAGUCCCUUACAGAUAUUCUGAGCAACGAGCAUCUAUCUCUACGUUGGCAGGAAUCUUGAAGGUACACCCUGCUGAGCUAGAGAGUAAAAUGGCCUCCAAGGGCAACUCGAAGGGGAUCCCCCAAGGGUAUUUAGAAGGGCACUUGCGUCGUUUGGCUGAGAAGGAGAUAGGGGAGACGUUCAUGGAUGUGUUGGCUCUCACGCUAUAUGGAGUCGUGCUCUUCCCUAACAUGGAGAAUUUUGUUGAUCAAGCGGCCAUCAAUGUGUUUGUCGCUUACAAGAUUCAUUCGGAAAGUCCAGUCACUGCGGUUCUAGCUGAUGUGUACGGGGGUUUGAAUUUGUGCUACGCACUCAAGAGGAAGAAGAUGUUAUGCUGUGUACCUAUAUUGUAUGUAUGGUUUAUAUCCCGAGUCCGCUUGGGUACAGUAAAUGCUGAAUGUCAGAUUAGGGAGUUGCCACAUGGUGGAGUUGAAAUUCGAGGGGCGAAGGAAUGGGCCCAAUUCUGUGCAAGUUUGAAUGGGGGAAAAUUAAGAUGGUGUGUCCCUGGGCUGCGCAAGUCGCAUGUCAUUUCUUGUGGGGACUUCCCUAACGUCCCUCUGAUAGGCACCAGAAGUUGUGUGAAUUAUAACCCUGUUCUGGCUCAACGACAGUUUGGGUGUCCAAUUAAGAGCUCUCCGACUCCAUAA